AUGCCCCCCAAGAAGACCAAGGCGCCAAGAGAGGAGGCCGCUGUGUCCCUCGGUCCCCAGGUCGCAGAGGGCGAACUCGUAUUUGGUGUUGCGCACAUCUAUGCAUCGUUCAACGACACGUUCGUUCAUGUUACGGAUCUGUCCGGCAAGGAGACUAUCUCGCGUGUCACUGGCGGCAUGAAGGUCAAGGCCGACCGUGACGAGUCCUCUCCCUACGCUGCCAUGCUUGCCGCCCAGGACGUGGCUACGCGCUGCCGUGAAGUGGGCAUCACUGCGCUGCACGUCAAGCUCCGUGCGACUGGCGGCACUGGAACCAAGACUCCCGGCCCUGGUGCGCAGAGUGCACUGCGCGCUCUUGCCCGCUCGGGUAUGCGCAUCGGCCGUAUUGAGGACGUGACUCCGAUCCCGACUGACUCGACAAGACGCAAGGGUGGUCGCCGUGGUCGCCGUCUCUGA